AUGGAUCUAUGUUCUUGCAGGAAUGAAGACGAUGUUCUUGCAUUUCCGAAAUCCACCAAACUUAUUUUGGAAGUGCAUUUACAAAAUAAUUUCUGUUACAGAAUUGAAAAAAUAGUUUUGACAACAUGUAUGUUUGGUGCAUUUUUAGGUAUGGUGCAUCCUGAAAACAUUGUCAGGGAUGAGUUAGAAGCUCCGAAAGAGGUGAUUAACGAUGUUAAAACGAUUUCCGUUGUGGUGGAUAUUCGACCACAAUUUACAAAUGAAAUGACUUUCGCUUGUCGUGAAUAUUUGCUAGAAUGGGAAACCAAGCUACACGGGCAUCUGGUUGUGUGUCAGCUAAAUCGCGAAGAGAUGGAUUCUAUUUCAGAAUUAUCGAUGAUUAAAGUUGAGCCGAGAAACAUACUUGCCGACUUGAAGCGAAAAAGACCAAAUAGUGUUUCAAAUAUCAAAGCUUAUGAAGACAAGGAUACUGUUCGUGACAUAUUUUGGACUCAUCCCGAAAGUAUCAAGUUGUUCAACAUAUUUCUAACUGUCCUUAUAAUUGAUUCGACAUACAAGACCAACAAGUAUAGGCUUCCGUUUCUAGAAAUUGUUGGUGUGACCUCUACAGACAAGACAUUUUCGGUUGGUUUCGCUUUUUUAGAAUGUGAGAAAGAAGAUAACGUUACAUGGGAUUUGGGAAUAUGUAAGACUUUGUUGGUUGAUCAAAAUAAUAUGCCUAGUGACAUCGUUAUCGACCGAGAUAAUGCUCUUAUGAAUGCGGUCGGUACCGUCUUUCCAACAUCAACCGCAUUACUUUGUCGGUAUCAUCUAACAUCAAAUGUGAGAUCUAAUCUUAAAAUCGCAGUUGGCACGAAAGAAAAAAAGGAUGAAAACGGAAAUAUCAUCAAGCCCGGUGUCGUAGUCGAGAAGAUAAUCGGCGCAUGGAAGAAGGUCUUAGAUUCAUGUUCCGAAGAUUUGUAUACCGAGAAUGUGAGCAAGGCGGUUGCGGAACACCAAUUUAAGGGAAAAAAUCUCUGCUCGCAAUUGAUUUACAACAUAUCUUGUGCCGAAUUGAAUUUUAUUUUUCAUGAAGCGAGGCGGGCGGAAACGACGGGUCCGGAUAGUUCAAAAUGUGGGUGUACAAUUAGAAAAACUUACGGGCUUCCAUGUGCUUGUAUACUUUCUAAAAAGAUGCAGUUGAAUUCCCCGAUACGCAUGGAUGAAGUAAGCAAUCAUUGGAAAAAACUUCGUUUUGAUGAUUACGAACCGGCGAAAGAGGGUGAAUCCAAAAUAACCAUCACCGCCGAGUUGGAAGAGAUAAUGGAUAAAUUUUCUAAAGCGGAUGACACCGUGAAAUUGCACAUAAAAGAACAAUUGUGA